ACAUCAAUGAGGUAAAGACACGGCUGUCGACGCUGCUGUAGUUCUUCUCUCCCUCUCUCUCUCUAUCUCUCUAUAUAUCUCUCUCUCGCUAUCUCUCUAUAUCUCUCGCUCUCUCUCUCGCGCUCUCUCUCUCUCUCUCUCUAUAUAUAUAUAUAUCGCUCUCUCUUUCUCUCUCUCCCUCUCUCUCUAUAUCUCUCUCUCUCUCUCCGCUGAGCGCGUUGACCAACCUCGUCCACGCGUCAGAGAGCGAUGUCUUAAUAGUCACACAGCGAGAAAGAAAGUAAUUUGUGGAGACAAAGGAGAGAGGAACUAUGAAGCACUGAGAUCGCAACGAUUUCCCCCGACCCAACAUCUGGAUUUGAGUUAUUGGAUAAACUUGUAGGAUGCUUUUGUUUUUCUACAUUUAGUUAUGAUUGUUGGUACCACAAGAUAUUUGUUGUGCAGAACUUGAAGUGUGGCAAGAAAGUAUCCAUGAGAACAGAUUAGAGUACAAUAUUGUUUUAAAGGUAAUCGCUAGGGAUUAUAAUUGAUAAAAACGUGGAAAGCCAAUAGAAGCUGUCCGGUUGUGAAGCUCUUUAUCGAGUAUUUUGGGGGUAACUCGCACAUACAGAGGAAUGUUGCCCCGGCUCGAAAAUGUGAUCCAGCUCCUGGCGCUGGCGUGCGGACUGUUCUUUGGAGUUGUUUCAACGGAAAACGAAGUAAAAGCAGAGGUGUGGCUGCAGCAGUAUGGCUACCUACCCCCGGGUGAUGUCCGAGCCCAGGCUAUCCGUUCUCCCAAGUCCAUCACCACAGCCAUCACAGCCAUGCAGAGGUUCUACGGCCUCGCCGUCACCGGCUCCAUCGACAUCAACACCCUACAAGCGAUGAAGCGGCCGCGUUGUGGCGUCCCGGACAAGUUUGGCUCUGAGCUGAAGAGCAACCUGAGGAGGAAGAGAUACGCCGUACAGGGGCUGAAGUGGGACAAACAAGAGGUCACAUUCAGCAUACAGAACUACACCCCUAAGAUUGGGGAGUACGCUACAUACGAGGCCAUCCGCCGGGCUUUUAAGGUGUGGGAGGCCGCCAUCCCGCUCCGCUUCCGAGAGAUCCCUUACAGCCACAUCCGGGACAAGGUCGACAAGUACGCUGACAUCAUGCUCUCCUUCUCCGAGGGUUUCCACGGCGACAGCACGCCGUUCGACGGCGAGGGCGGCUUCCUGGCUCACGCGUACUUCCCCGGGAAUGGGAUAGGGGGUGACACGCACUUCGACAACGCCGAACCCUGGACGACCGGCUACGUCGACCAAGGAGGUAAUGAUGUGUUCCUGGUUGCGGUCCAUGAGUUGGGUCACGCCCUGGGUCUAGAACACUCCAACGACCCGUCUGCCAUCAUGGCUCCAUUCUACCAGUGGAUGGACACAGAGAACUUCCAGCUGCCUGAUGACGAUCGCCAUGGCAUCCAGGCAAUCUAUGGGUCGUCCGGAGCGCCACCCCCUCCCCCCCGCCCCACCAGACCCUCCAAGCCAGACCAGCCUGGACUCGGACCAGACGUCUGCGAGGGACACUUCGACUCCAUCGCCAUCCUCAGGGGGGAGAUGUUUGUCUUUAAGGAUAAAUGGCUGUGGCGUGUGCGGAACAACAAGGUUCUCCAGGGUUACCCCAUGCCCAUUGGUCACUUCUGGAAGGGACUGCCACCAAACAUCAACGCCGCCUACGAGAGGAACGAUGGCAAAUUUGUGUUCUUCAAGGGUGACAAGUACUGGGUGUUCACAGAGUCCAGUAUGGAACAGGGUUACCCUAAGACUCUGAAGGAGCUGGGCACAGGGCUGCCCAAAGACAAGCUGGACGCUGCCCUCUUCUACACCCCCACCGGACAGACAUACUACUUCAGAGGGACCAAGUAUUACCGUUUCAAUGAGCAGUCCCAGACUGUGGACAGAGACUACCCCAAACCCAUCAACACAUGGCAGGGUGUCCCCGACAACAUCAAGGCUGCCAUCAUGAGCGAAGAAGGAUCCUACACCUACUUCUAUAAAGCCAACAAGUACUGGAAGUUCAACAACCAACACAUGAGGGUGGAGUCGGGCUACCCCAAGUCGGUGCUCAGCGAAUGGAUGGGCUGUGCAGGGGAGGAGCCAAAGAAGCGGGACGGCAAGGAGGAAGUCAUCAUCAUCGAGGUGGAGGAGGGAGAAGGCGGGGCCACGGCGGCGGCCGUGGUGAUCCCCCUCCUCCUAUUGGUCUGCGUGGUCCUCACUCUGGGAGCCCUGCUGUUCUUCAGGAAGUACGGGACGCCACGACGUCUCCUCUACUGCCAGAGAUCUCUACUGACUAAGGUUUAGAGACGCACUGAAUGAACCAAUGACGCAGAGGGACUGAGAGAGAUAAAGUGUCUGAACGAAUUGAAAGAUUAAAAGAAAGAGGGGAGAGGGAGGGACAGGGUGAGGAAACAGAGGAGGAAAGGGGGGUGAAAGAAGUUGGAUUGUGUGGUAAGCGAGAAGAGGUAAUGUCAUGAGGGGUUGGUUGGUUGGUUGGUUGGACGUUGGGGUUUGGUCCAUUGGUUGGGUUGUAUAUACCACAGACAGAGGAUGAGAGAGAGAAUCUGAAUUAGGAAAGAUGUGUAUUUGUAUGUUACCUAUUUACAUGUACAGCUCUGCGGGUUUGAGAUCUGGACCAGGCCCCAACACACAAAGAGAUGAUGAUGAUUGUGACCAACAUCCUGUGUAGUUGACACCCCAUCUGCAAUACAUCUACUAUCAUGUUCCUCCCUCUAUUCUAUCCCUUCUCCCCUUUGUUUUCCUCCUCUCCUAAAUCCUCCCUCACAUCUGCUUGACAACUCCAGCUGAACCGCUGUCUGAAUUAAAUGUUUCACCCUGCAGUAUAUAAUAUACUUUCUUGUUUCAUUUUUGAUUUCGCUCUCAAAUCAGGCAUGAUCACAAACAAUCAUCUCUCUCCUCCUUGUUUCCCCCCUGUGCUCCAGCUACAGUGGCACAUAGCCACCACAGGAGAUUGUUGGCACCUUAAUUGGGGAGGACGGGCUUGUGGUAAUGGCUGGAGCGGAAUAGGCGGAAUGGUAUCAAACACGUGGUUUAUAUGUGCAUGAUGCCAUUCCAUUCGCUCCGUUCCAGACAAUAUUAUGAGCCGCCCUCCCCUCCACUGAUAACCACAUCAGGUCUUAUAGCUGUUGCAAAGGACAUGUAAUAGGGUGCUCUCCCUACCCAGGGCUGAAAUGAGAAAUGAAGGCCAUGUCAGGAAGAGAGGGUCCAAGAUGGCUGCCGUUUAUACACAUUGACAAUGACAUUUGACCUCUGUAGUAGUCCACAAAAUGUUUUUAUUUUCCUCCCAGCUGCUGUACAUGUUUCUCUGUACACCUCUGUUUCAACCAUAUCUCAAAUUGCUCAAGCCCUCAGUACAGAGCCUGGUCUCAGUAAGCAGUCAAAGUUGGAUGGAAUUAAAGUAGCCAUUUUUACUCAAUUAAAGCCAGUUUCAAUGUUACUAGAAAGAAAAGCGGUGUAGUUAGAUUACAUAGUACCCUCUCCAAAUGCUGAUGUCUUAUCGUGGUCUUUUUUUGUUUUGGUAGCAUCAUUGUAAGAAAUGUUGUUGUUAUUAUUAUGACUAUAGUUAUUAUUAUUGUUGUUCUCCGGGCGUAGUCCUUUGGUAAAUUGUGUUUGUUUUUAUACAUUGUCAUUUUGAGUCCUGCUGGACAGAGGCUAUAACGUGACAUGGGUUGAAUCUAAAUGGAUCCCAUUUUUCCAUUGAAGUGGUGGACUUGGACAGUACAGAGGGGGUAUUUUAAGAUUUUGGAAAAUGUUUCCUUUUUUUCGAAACACUUAUUUUCCCAUUGAUUGGUUGGCAUAUAAAGACAAUCAAACAAAUCUAUUUAUAAGUCAUUCUGAUGGUGCUUCAUGUUUUUUUUUUUGUAUUACACAAAUCAAAUAACAAUAACAACAAUGAUAAUGGUAAUGAUAUUUAUAAUGAUAAUGAUAUCAAUAAAAAAGGGAAUACAUUUUGUUUUGGCCAAUUUUUCAACUUUUUGUAUUUCAUGCAUUAAAUUGAAAUAAAAAAAUAUUUUCUAAAA